AUGGAGAGCCGCCCCAUCCCCGCCUUCUACUGCUGCUACCUGCUGCGCUCCCGCAACCGCAAGGCCUUGUACAUUGGCAGCACCCCCAACCCCGCCCGCCGGCUGGGCCAGCACAAUGGCUCCACCAGGGGCGGCGCAAAGCGUACCUCGAUGCAAGCAAAGCGCCCGUGGGAGAUGACGUGCAUUGUCACCGGCUUCCCCUCCAGCUCGGCCGCCCUGCAGUUUGAAUGGGCCUGGCAGAAUACCCACGCCACGCGCCACAUUGACCGCGAGACAAGGCGCGGCGACCUGUCCAAGCCCAAGACGAAUGCAUCGCCCUCCAGGGCCAAGCGCAAUGCGAGACCGCCCAGGUCGCUCCACGCACGCUUGAAGAACCUGCACCAUCUGUUGGGCGCCGCCAGCUUUACCAGGUGGCCCCUGCACAUCCGAUUCUUUGCCUCAGACGUCUUUGCCCAGUGGGAACAGCACAUGGCAGCCACAAAGGCACGCCUGCCGAGCACCAUCACAGUCCGACUAACCCCAGCCGAGCUCCCCAGGCUUGCCCCAGAUGUGGAAAGUGAGAUGCGCACCCAUUUCAUCCCCGACGUGAUACGAGCCAUUCCAGUGGCCUACCAGGACUGCAAGUCUCACGUCCAAAAGUCAAAGACCAUGUUUGAAGACAAUGAGAAGAAGGUCUGCGCCGUCUGCAAGAAAAGCGCGACUCCACAAAAGUCACUGCUACUAGUUUGCCCUGCCGAGGCCUGCCGCUCCGUGUCUCAUGUGACGUGUCUCUCGCAAAAGUUCCUCGCAGAAGAAGGCAACCAAACCGCCUUCAUCCCCAUCCAAGGCACGUGCCCGACCUGCCAUAGCCUCGUCCAGUGGUCUGACAUGGCCAAAGAACUCAGCCUGCGAAUGCGCGGCCAGGAAGCCAUUAACGCCAUGUUCAAGACGAAGCGGGGGAAAAAGGCAGACGGCAACAACACCACGGAAGAAAUCCAAUUUCCUGAUAUUGAUGACGUGCAUGCUGAGCAGGAUGAAGACCUCGACGAGACAUGGGCCGAGGAUGUAAACGACGAUGACGACGAUGACGACGCGUGA